GGGGCUACGAAGUCUAGGUAAUGAAUUUGUAUUGGCAUUAAAUACAAGUUCAUCCCAAACACUUAGGGAUGCGUGGUUGCAACAGCUGCCCUAGUUUAAUGCUGCCCUAUCUUUUGUCAGUGCAUUCAUUCAUUAACUAACCCCUCCUCGCAACCUCCUCCAUAAAUAAAUAUAUUUAAGAGAGCAAGAGAAGACGAAUGAACUGAGAAGAACCGUUCAAAUCUAUUCAUCCAUCUUUCCUGUUUUUACCCAAAAUAACAAUUUGAUUCCAACGAUGUCUGGGCUAAACAACCAUGAAGGAUCUAAACCCACCACUUCCGCCAGUAACGGAGGAGCAGGCAUACGGAUGACCGGAGAGUCAUUGCUCCGUGUUGUCCCUAUGGUCCUUUCGGUUGUAGCUUUAGUAGUCAUGCUGAAAAACGCCGUGGCUAAUGAUUAUGGUUCUGUAUCCUACUCUGAUCUAAGCGGUUUCCAGUACCUUAUCUACGCCAACGGAGCCUGCGCUGCUUAUUCCCUUCUUUCAGCUCUGUAUAUAACUUCCGUAUUCCGCUCAUCAGCUGCUACCACCGCCCCUUCCAUGUCCAGGCGAGGAGCAUGGACAGUUUUCAUCUUCGAUCAGGUUGUGACAUAUAUGAUACUAGCAGCAGGAUCUGUAUCAGCAGAGGUAGUUUACUUGGCUAACAAAGGUGAUGUUGCUGUUACAUGGAGUGAAGCCUGUGGGUCGUAUGGUGGAUUCUGUAAAAAGGCAACAGUGUCUACCGGAAUUACCUUUUCAGUGGUCGGUUUUUAUGUGAUUCUUUCACUCAUUUCUUCCUACAGACUUUUCAGUAAGUACGACGCUCCCAGCAUUUCCUCCACCGCCGCUUCGUCGUACCCUGGAAACAAGCGGGAUCAAGAAAUGGCAGCUGCUUUUCCAGCUUAAUAAGAUUGUAUGCGUACUUAACAUAAAAGAAUCGUUGUGAUAAAGUUAGGGCAUACUUUGCGGCUCUUUUUAUUUCUCCUUUCACAUCACAUCUACCUUACCUUAUUACUAGUCAAAAAAUGCUAUCCUCAUCAUGUGCUGUAGAGCUCUAGUUGCUCUACUUAAUGGAAUGUAAAACUCUAAGCUUUUGUUUUCCGUCUUUUAUUGAAUAAAUGCUUUACCAGCUAAUUAACCACCUUA